CGCCCCUCCGCUCCCGGCGAAUCUGGAGGGCGACGCUGUGGCGGAGCAACCACCACAGGGCUGUCAGAGAGAAGACGAGCCGGGAGGAAGAUGGAGAGGCGGGUGGCAGCCUCACCUCCGGACUCAGCCGCCACACCAGGGUCGAGCCGCUCCGCACAACCUCAAGUCUGAUUCGUAACUCCUCUGAGUACCUGAGGGUACUGGGCAGGCCAAGGGGUGGAACUGAUGGGGCGGGGACGUGGCGGACGGGUGGGGCUGCUUCCGGGUUGAGCACGCCUCCACGCCAGACUGGACUGGAAGGAAAACGGAACCUCUCUGCCUAGCGUGCCUCUUUCCGGAAGCUACUUGAGUCUGGACGCCAAUGUCGGCGACGCUGGGAAGCAGACUUCCGGCGCUCUAUUUUCUCACCGGGUACGUGUGGCGAGGAAGCGGCGGCGGCGAUGAGACAGAAACACUACCUUGAGGCUGCGGCGCGGGGACUGCACGACAGCUGCCCGGGUCAAGCCCGCUAUCUCCUCUGGGCCUACACUUCGUCGCACGAUGAUAAGAGCACUUUUGAAGAAACGUGUCCAUACUGUUUCCAGUUGUUGCUUCUGGAUAACUCUCGAGUGCGUCUCAAACCCAAAGCCAAGAUGACACCCAAAAUACAGAAACUUCUUAAUCGAGAAGCGAGAAACUAUACACUCAGUUUUAAAGAAGCAAAAAUUGUCAAAAAGUUCAAAGACUCCAAAAGUGUAUUGUUGAUCACUUGUAAAACAUGCAACAGGACAGUGAAGCACCAUGGUAAAAGCAGAAGCUUUCUAGCAACAUUGAAGAGCAGUCCUACCACUCCUACAAGUAAACUCACCCUGAAAACACCAGAGAGAAGGACUGUAGACCCAAAUCGUGAUAAGUCUGGUUCCAAAGGCAAGAGUCCAGCAUUGAUUUUCAGAACACCUACAUCUGGACAGUCAGUAUCUACUUCCUCCUCAAAAAGUAUGAGUAAAACAAAGAAACAUUUCUCACAACUAAAAAUGUUACUUAGUCAGAAUGAAUCCCAAAAGAAUCCAAAGGUGGACUUCAGAAAUUUCUUAUCUUCUCUGAAGGGUGGACCUUGAAAAUAAGAAAUGCCUGAUGGCAAUUCUGAAACUAUAGUAAAACAACUUUUUAAACUUUUAUUUUUUGAAUACAUGGAAACUAGACCUGAAUGCAAACUUUUCUUGGCAUCCUUUGGGAAAAUACCUCAUUAGUAUGAAUACCUGAAACCUACCUACCGCAUAGGAUGGUUGUAAAGAUCAAAAAAUAUAUCAAAGUUCUUUGUAGAUGUGUAUGUAUAGAUAUAUAUAUAUGUGUAUGUAUGUAAAGCUAUAUAUGUACAUUGAGUAGUGGCAUUACUAUUUUUUCUUCCUUUAGUUAGCAGUUUUUAUAUAUGUUAUUUUCUUUCAAAAGGGAAUUGAGAUCUUUAUGAGAGGGUCUGUUCACUCAUGAGGUUUCUGCCAUGUGUCUAUAGCAUUGAUAAUUCAGGGAAAGGAUUAAGUGGGUCCUUAUUUUCUCACAAUUAUCUGCAUAACUGUCUUAGUAAAACCUGAACCUUAUUCCCAUUUUGAAUGCAAAAGUAAAUAUCUGGAACAUUCCUGAUUAUAGAUCACUCAAUGGGAGACUAAAAUUUUCUUUCUGUUUAGAAAAGGGAACAUACUGUUGGUGAUACUAUAAAUUAGUACAGCAACUUUGGAAAAAAUAGUAUGGAGGUUCCUCAAAAAACUAAAGGUAGAAUUACCAUAUGAUCCCACAUCUGGGUAUAUAUCUAAAGGAAUUGAAAUCAGUAUGUCAAAAAGAUGUUUGCCCUACAGUGUUUCAUUGUAGUGUUAUUCACAAUGACCAAGAUAUGGAAACAACAGAAAUGAUUGUCAAAGGAUGGAUUUUUAAAAAAUCUGGUGUGUAUACACGAUGGAAUACUAUUCAGCCUUUAAAAAGCAAGAAAUUCUAAGAAAACAUAUAUGAGGCCAACAAACAUGAAAAAACACUCAUCACUGGUCAUUAGAGAAAUGCAAAUCAAAACCACAUUGAGAUACCAUCUCAUGCCAGUUAGAAUGGCGAUCAUUAAAAAAUCUGGAGACAACAGAGGCUGGAGAGGAUGUGGAGAAAGAGGAACACUUUUACAUUGUUGAUGGGACUGUAAAUUCGUGCAACCAUUGUGGAAGAUGAUGUGGCAAUUCCUCAAGGACCUAGAAACAGAAAUACCAUUUGACCCAGCAAUCCCAUUACUGGGUAUAUACCCAAAGAAUUAUAAAUUGUUCUGUUAUAAAGAUACAUGCCCACGUA